CUUCGCUCUUUUGCGUCUUUUUUAGACUUUUUCCAACAGUUGCUUUCAAAUAUAUAAGAACGGAAAAAGGAAAACCCCAUCUUUUCAACUCUACCGUUCUUUACUUGUUCUUACUAUCUUUAUCCAUUCACUGAUUUUGACUGAAUGUCUCCAUGUGGACUUCAUGGCAUUGGGCAUUGAUAGUCAUAUUAUGCAUUCAAGUCUCUGGAUAUGAGCUUAACUAUUCUCCAGAGGAGGAAAAUCCUGGUAUUUGGGAGGUUCAGGUCGAAUAUGAUCUUUCGAUCUCUAAUACGUCAGCGAAAGUGGUGCCCGGCACAUCUCAAAAAGUUUAUAACCGAGGUUUUCAAACGGUCUUUGCGCAUCGAGAUAUACACGGAUCCAAUAGUAGAUUGUUAAUUGAUGUGGGCGAUGGGUGCCCAGGGACGACCAUUGAAGAGAUCCAAGAUCGCAACGACCAUACUGCGACCAGUCCGUCCAUGUCAUCGCAGCCAUCGAUCGCCAUCAUGAAACGGGACGGAAGGUGCUCUCGUUGGUCCGAAAAGAUUAGUACGGUGCAAAGUUUAUCCCAGAAUUAUGGACUCAACAUCCAGGCAGCGGUGAUUUAUGACAAUCGAUCUUCCGAAUUCCUUCCGCAAGUGAAGCAGAAUACCACCAAUAAGACACGUCCAGAGUGGUACAUGCCCUUGCUCUUCCAAUACAACAUAUCCUAUAUGAACGAUAACGAUAUCGACCUCGGCCAAACAUGGAUCGCCGUCUACUUUGUCCCCAAAGCCUACGGGGAGAGCUUGUUGCAACAAUUGCAAAAGACCUUAAUCUCACACAACGAUACCAAACAACAAUACAUACAACUCACAUUUCUUUUCUCUGACAUUUCCUUUUCCGUGGACGGUGACGCUGCAGAGGAGGACGAUCGUCCAUCGUCUGACAUCUGGGACCUCUUAUCAACAAAGAGCGAUGUCUUCCUUAUUGUCAUUGCUGCAUGCAUCGUCCUCAUUUUAGGCUUUAUUUUAUUCCGAUGGUAUCGAAUUUCGCGGUGGCGUCGAUCGUCCAACACCACCGAAAACGACCAUUUGGGCACGGUGGAACAAGGCGCGAUUCCCCUGCAGCCCCGUGCCGAGGUGAAAUGCCUGACACAUGAAAAGCUCGAAGAAUUGUGUCCUAUACAGUCCUGCGAACAGGCCAAUCCCACCAAUACCGCAUGUGCUAUCUGUCUCGACGAUUUCGAACCCGACACCAAUUUACGGGUCUUGCCUUGUCUUCAUGGGUUUUGCGUUGCUUGUAUCGAUGUCUGGCUUACGAAAAAGUCGAGUUUAUGUCCCAUUUGCAAGUAUGAUUGUCUUCCAAACGAAGAAGACGCCCAUCGCAGUCCAACGUCAUCAAGUUCUGUCGCUCCGGACAGCAGCCCUGUCACUCCCAAUACAUUGCCCUCGCAGGACGAUCAGGCACGGCGGUAAAAAGAAAAAAAAUGGCCGCAAUAUCCAAUCAUUCUACACAUGUAAUUAUCCGCCUAUCCAUAUACAUAUAUAUAAUAUACCAUACAAAUCGUCAUGUCUUACAUUGUAAUCUUGUAAAGUAUAUGUCUGUCUAAGAAAUAGUUCCAUUUUACCUCCGAGGAUAUAUAAUUUUUUUUGACCUUGUGGUUUGCAGUGGUGA